AUGCGGGGACGGAUCAGGACAGGGCCCUCUCCACAAGCCCUUCAUCGUACACCCAUCCGAUUGCUCGAGCGUCUACUGGACUCGCACUCGGCGUGCGCUCUAACAGCAUCACAGGCGGGGCUGGUGGCGAAGGAAGGAGGCCCGAUCAUCAACGGCGUCUAACGCUUUAGUUGUUACUUCGUGUCUCAAUGUUGCCACACACAGACCGUCUGCGACUCAAGAUAACACCCCCCUCCACACCUAUUCUAAAAUCAACGAUAGUACUUGACGACGAAGCGACGACGAAGAGGACGCAACAACGAAACGAUACGUUAGCUAUGAGCUCACGAACAGACGUAGACAAAGUCUAUGUUUUCCGCGCUACGGCUCUUUCUGCUGUUGUUGAUUAGUCGAGCUUUGAAAAUGGUCCAGAAGGUAGUGCGUUAUCUUGCGUCGUGACCAUCGCCAGUAAAGCCAAGAGACGUCUUCAUGGUGAGCUUACGUACACCCUCCUUUUCUUGCGUUAGUCGUAUCUACUGCUUCUGUUCCUCCUCUGGCGUUUCAAGAGGUUGUAGAGAAAGACGAUUUUUCAACUUUUCCUCUUCAAUCUUUUCCAAGCGCUUUCUUCUCCUUCUGGGAGAGAUCAAAGUACUCCUGUAGUCAGCCCAUGUGUGUCAUGUAAUGACUUCCCCUCCCUUUGUUGUAUGCUCUCUCUCUCGUAGGGCGUGGAUUCACCCGCAG